AGAACAGGAAAAACCGGAGAGCAUGAGAGACAGAUAGAUGGAGAGAGGGAGGUGUGAAGUAGCAACCACGGGUUGUGAAGAGCUGAAAGCGUGAGAAAGGAAAAUGACAUUUCAUGCUAAAGCUGCAGUUUGGGAUUGAUGCUCGAAAUCUUAAAAGAAGCGGCACAGAACCUGAAAGAAGGGAAGACUGUAGCUGUAAUUGAAAAAUUAAGGAACACUCAGUCAGGCUUCACAACCAUGGAUCCUCUCCUUCGCUGUGGCGUAUCAAACCUUGCAACACACCGAUCAUGACAAAGUGGAAUGAAGAAAAUUAAGAGGUGAACAAUCAGCUGACUUAACCUUUUUCUGACUCAUCUGCUCGUCAGCCUUACACCUCUAGACCUGAAGGGGACAGACAGCCACUGAUAAUAAUCACCUGAUGCACCACUUUCAGGAACUCUGUCAGGAAAUGCCCAGAGCUGUCUCAAACCAGAGGUGUUAACAGCUGCAGCUCAACCUAAAAGUCAGAGUACAAUUACUGGAGGAGCAUGGUGGAACGUGGAGUUCAGAGCAGUGAGUUGUCGCCUGGAAGUCAAACACCCAGGAACAAAUGAGUAGCAGUGGAUUUGGCAGCAGCUCCAGCUUGCUCCAGGGCCGACGUUUCUACUGCCGGGAAUGGGCCCUGGACAAGCUACGACGCUGCCUGGACAGCCGCUCUGUGCCAGGGCAACCGGCAGGGCUGCUGGUGAUGGGGGGCCCCGGCGCCGGGAAGACCGCUCUGUGCACUGAGGUGGUGUGGCCCAGCUCGAAGGAAGGUCUGGCAGUCGGGCUGGCACCACGCUGCCUGGCCUCCCACUUCUGCCAGAGGGAGGACCAGAGGAGUACGGUCCUGUGGAGGUUUGUCCUGGGCCUGGUGGAGCAGCUGAGGGCCUCACCUCUCCUUUCUUCUGGGUACAAAGAGAUCAUCAACAGCUCAUCUGUAUCCGCUUCUCUGGAGCCUCUCACCUGUCAAAGAGACCCCGAUGAUACCUUCAAGAGAGCAGUGUUGGGACCCCUGUUGGACCUUCCUCCUCCCGCCCAGACGCUGCUGGUGGUGGUGGACGCCCUGGAUGUUGGGUAUGGAGCAGGAGAAGGAAACGGGAACAGCGGCUCCAUUGCACAGCUCCUGGCCGCCAAUCAACACCUGCUGCCCAGCUGGCUGCUGCUGGUCUGCUCUGUCCGCCGCCACAACAAGGCUGUGUCCAAGAUGUUCUCAGGUUUUCGUAGGCUCUGUCUGGAUGAUCUGCGCAAGCCCCCGCCAGUCCGUGAUGUCCAGCAGUACAUCCUCUGCCGUCUAGAUGAAGAUGCAACACUUCGCCGUCAGCUCACCCCUGACACAGCUGACAUGUUGAAUCUGCUGCAUAUUAAGAGCGGCGGCUGCUUUCUCUUCCUUGAGCGUGUGCUGGAUGGAGUGGCAGGUGCACUUGUGGGACUCCGGGAGAUCCGAGACAUCCCUGGGACUCUCAACGGCCUCUACCUGUGGUUAUGCCAGAGACUGUUCCCCCGGGGGCUCUUUGUCUAUGUCAGGCCUCUCCUCAAUGUCCUCUUGGCUGCCCCAAGGCCCCUCACGCCCCAGCAGCUGUUCACAGCAGUCUGGACACAUGACACCCCGCUCAGCAUCCAGGACUUCCAGAACAAGCUCCGAACCCUUGCACCUCUCUUGAUCAAUGGCCCUGGGGACACCAAACUACUUUUUCAUGCCAGCUUUGCUGAGUGGCUGACGGAUGUUAAGUAUUGCACACAGAAGUACCUCUGUAGCAGAACAGAAGGUCACAGCAUGCUUGCUAUGGCUUUGACUUUGCAGGGACCCCACCUGGACAUUGAGGACACUUGCCAGCUUGCCACACAUUUAGUUUGCUCAGGUCACCAUAAAGAUAAACCCUCAUUAUUGGCCCUGUGGAUGCUGUGGGCAGGUGUGCCUGCUCUUACUCCUGUCGGCAGUAGUGCCCUCACCACAUCCAUAAGCCAUCCUCCUGUUCUGGUCAGUCAGGAAGUCUUUCAGCUUUUAACAAGGAGUGGGCUAGUCUCUGCAACAUGUUUUUCAGAUGCAGACCUAAGGGUUGGAGUGCAUUACACAGGAGAAGAGGGAACAAAUUUACGAGAGGCGUUUGAAAGGGAGAUGUCUGUAAAGAAGCUGCUAGGCAGUGGGGUGUCUGUAAACCAGCCUAUUUCUACAGAUGGACAGACCUUGCUAGCCAUUGCGGCUCAUGAGGGUUCUGCAAACGUAGCUGAACUCCUCCUGAAACAUGGAUCUGAUCCACUGAUUAGUGAUCACCAGGGUCAAACGCCACUGACGUUGGCUUCCAGGCAGGGUCAUGUCAAAGUGUUGUCUGUGUUCCUUGAAUGGACCAAAAGCCAGGAGCCAGAAACUGCAGUGCGGAUGAUGGAGCAUCACGACAAUGAAGGCUGGACAGCAUUGCGCUCUGCAGCUUGGGGAGGACACAGCGAGGCUGUCCGGCUUCUACUAGAUUCAGGAGCAGAUGUGGAUGGAUGUGACGCUGAGGGCAGAACUGCUCUCAGAGCUGCUGCCUGGGGGGGGCAUGAGGAAAUUGUCCUGACCCUGCUGCACUAUAGGGCACAGGUGGAUAAAGCUGACAGCAAGGGCCGCACGCCGCUUAUUGUUGCUGCCUAUAUGGGACACCAUGAAGCUGUGGAGAUAUUGCUGGACCACAAUGCAGAAGUUAACUUAGCUGAUGGAGAUGGGCGCACUGCUUUGUCAGUCGCUGCCCUCUGUGUCCCUACAGCAGCAGGGGUCAAAGGUUAUGGUGAGGUAGCAAGUCUGUUGCUGGAGCGUGGAGCAGAUCCAGGACACAGAGACCAUGAUGGAAUGACACCAUUGCUUCUUGCAGCCUAUGAGGGCCAUGCCGAUGUAGUUGAGCUUCUGUUAGAAGCUGGUGCUGAUAUAGAUGAGACUGCUGGCCCUAAUGGCAAUGUCCCUGCUGCAGCUGCUGUUACUCCCCUACUGGCAGCUGCAGCAAUGGGCCACAUGAAGACAGUGUCACGGCUGCUUUUCUGGGGAGCAGCUGUGGAUGCCAUUGAUUGUGAAGGCAGGACGGCACUCUGCCUUGCAGCAGCAAGAGGCAGCGUUGAGGUUGUCCGUGCCCUGCUGGACCGAGGCCUGGACGAGAACCACAAGGAUGACCUUGGCUGGACUCCACUGCACGCUGCUGCUUGUGAAGGCCAUCGGGGUGUGUGUGCUGCUUUGACAGAGCGAGGCAGCAUGGCACGUGUUGGAGAGAUGGAUAUUGAAGGACGCACCCCUCUUAUACUGGCUGCCCAGGAAGGUCACUGGAGCACUGUCAGGCUGUUGUUGGACAGACGUUCUCCCAUUGAUCACAGGGCGUACGAUGGACAUUCUGCCUUGAGUGCUGCACUCCUGGAGGGCCAUGCUGAGGUUGCAGAGCUUCUUAUGAGGCGAGGGGCUGAUACUGAUGUCCGGGAUGCAGAGGGAAGGCCUCUGCUCUACCUCCUAGUGUUGGAGAAUCGCCUUGAAAAGGCUACUCUCCUCAUAGAGAAGGGGGGGGUGCCCCUGGAGUCUAGAGACUCUGAGGGCCGUACAGCGCUUCAUGUGGCUUGCUGGCAGGGGUGUGUGGAGAUGGUAGAACUACUUUUAAAGCAUGGGGCAAACCCCAAUGUACAGGAUACAGAGGGGAGACCACCAAUGCAUUCAGUGUCUUGGACAGGACAUGCUAAAGUAGGACGUUGUCUCCUUGAUAGCAGUGGUGUCAAUAUAGACCUUGCUUGUCACCAGAAGGCAACAGCUCUGAGUAUUGCUGCCCAGGAGGGGAAAGAAACAUUUUGCAAAAACUUUGGAAAGGGUAAUCCAAACAUGGGUAAAAUUUGGCCCCCAGUCCAUCAAAAGGCUGGGGAAACAUGGGCACUUUAACAUUGUCAGGGUUUGGAGAGCUAGGAUCCAAGCCAAUUUUGGGCCGUUGCCUAACCCCAAUACGUCUUCUGCAAAAACCCAAAAAGUCCCUUUUUGGGGUCUUGGGGGUAAUGGAGGGGUGUCACAGCUGCUGCUAACCUCCCCUCUUCAGAUCUUUUCCGGCCCACGCAGAACCUUCCACUCUACGCAGACUCCCAAACCUCAUUCCCCCCCACCCUGGCCCGGGGCAGCCCGCCCCCGCCACGCCCGCUUCAUUAGCAAUCCCAGCAUCAUGCCCGCGUGUAGUGUCCCCCCCACCCUCCCCCCACCCCGGGAGGGCCGCUGGCGCCUCCAUGGGAAACAGCAAGACACCAAAAGGGCAGCCCCCCUUUCCCUGUUUGCAAAAUCUCUGCCAUGGGCAAAAUGCGAACUGCCCCAGAAAGGUUUUGUUGGGACUUGAAUAUAUACAAAAUGAACAAAAAAACUCAAACCUAAAAACCAGACAGGAUUUCAUAUGGGUGGGAAAGGACUCGUCAUGUUCCCCGGAUAAGCCAGGGGAAACAGCCCCCCGCAGUAGGGCUAAAAACGAGAAAGUCCUCCUCUGGGUACCAAAAGGCUACAGAGCCAACUUCAAGGGGAAGCUUGGGAUUCUCAACCCCAGAAGAACAUUUUGUCACCUGCUUACUACAGUUUUUUUCCCCCCCCCAACCCUUUUGUGCCUUUCCAAGGGGUGUUUUGGGUUUCUAGAACCAAGACCCAGGCUUAAUCUGAAAAAGGGCCCUCAAAGCAGUUUGGGGGCCCCCAGGAGCCUUUCAAAAAGAACCCCCUACUUUUGCUCAUAGUGAUAAAGUUUUGCAUUUUACCUUUUUUUACAAACCUUUACUUUAAGAUUAAAAGGGGGAAUUGGAAAAAAAAUUUCACAGCAAAAUUUAAAAAAAGUAAUUUAUCAACCAAAACUCUCUGUCCAGCAUCUCCAUGUGAAGUUUGCGCAUUUUUUUUUUUUUUUUAUUUUUAAAUUAAAAUUGUAGGGAUUGUAAUUUUUUAUUUUGAAAAAAAAUAUUAUUUAAAUUUAAAAAACUAAAUUGCCCCCAGUGGGGUUUUUUAAAGGGUAUUUUUUUGGGGACAAAACCCCAAAAGUGGCAAAACAUUUUUAAACAUCCACAAAAAUUUAAAUUCAAAAUGACAAAUUUUUUUUUUGGGGAGAGGAAUUUUUUUUCGUUCAAAGAGGAAAGCGUUUUUUUUUAUUUCACGAGACCUUUUGGGCGGAAAAAAAAGGAGUGGUCCUUUCUCCACCCCCUUUAGAAAACCAAGGAGAAAAAAAAAUGACAUCAAAGUUCAUUCCGCCUUUCCGUUUCCUUUUGGGGGUGUUGGCAGGGCUUAACGACGUCUUUAAUUUUAAAAGGGCUGUAAACUGUGUUAAUUUCAACCCACC